CAAUCAGACUUGCAGAUAGACAAAGCAUAUUAUGCUUAUAUUUCGGAAUUUUUCAACAGUUUUCAAAAUGCUUGUAUAAUAUUGUCAUCUCAGUCAGCCUCUCAGCCAGCCAUUAGCUACUGCUUCAUGUUCCACAAUUAUUAGUUUCAUACAAUGAGGAUUCUUCACCAAGUGCAGAACCGAGCGUUGGGUUUCUUGAGAGUUGCAUCAGUUUUACUUCUUGGAGCAAAGGCUCAACCUUGCUGCGGACUAUGCCUACCCGACUGCUGCUCCCUGCCCUCCUUCCCACCCAGUUCCGGCUACUCGUGUUGCCCGCCGCCCAGCUACUGUGUACAGAAUGUUGUCGUUGGUUCACAAGAUAACGACAAGGACAAAAACAAAAACAACGACGAUGAGCAACAGUGUUGCAACAUUGAUCCGUGUUGCCCACAAGAUUACUGCUGCUGUAGAGAACCCAGAUGCAGCUGUCAGGAAGAUCCAACCAUUCUGAGACGAAUUUUGGCAACACUGCAACAGCAACAGUGCCGCAGAAGGAUCGUUGAUCCAUGUUGCUCCAGCGGGAUGAGAUCGUCGUAUUCAGAUCCCAGUUACGCGUUCUCUUCCAGCGGUAUGAGAUCAUUUUCAGAUCCCAGUUUGUCGUUUGCUUCCAGCGGUUUUGGAUCAUUCUCAGAUUCCAGCAUGGGAUCAUCGUCGAGUGCUCUAAGAGCACUUCUAGAUCCUAGUCUAUUUUCAUCUGGCAGCAGUUCGAUCUCAGUUUUGGAUCCCUCUUCUCUUCUCUCUUCGAGCGGCAUGAGAUCGUCCUACCUGUUGGAUCCUUUGAUCUUGGCUCAGCUCACCGAUCCACAAACCUGUUGCUCCAACGGCUACUAUGAUCCAUCGUCGUCUUCGAGCUACAGCUAUGAUCCAUGUUGCAACACGUGCAAUCCAUGUUGCAAGCCUUGUUGCAAUCCAUGUUGCAAACCUUGCAAUCCAUGUUGCAAUCCGUGUUGCAGACAGCCUAGGCAGCCAUGCUGUCAGCGCAGCCAGAGAAGAGUUAUUCUCAUCGACAAUGUAACUCCUGAUUCUUGCUUUGUAUGAGAUUCAUGAAUACAAAUCAAUGAUUCAUUGGAACCGAAA